ACCACACCAAUCCCCAUGCCCGCCGCCUGCGCCACGCCGGCGGCGGCGCGGCCGCCCCUCCCGGUCUCCCGCCGCCUCCCGCCGCCCUCCGCCGCGCACGUGCUCUCCCGCCGCGCCCUCUCCUCCUCCACCACUGCCUGCCGCUGCACCACCGCCUCCGCGGCCCCCUCCACCUGGGACUGGACCCGCUGGAGCCGCCACUUCGCCGAGGUCGACCAGGCCGAGAGCUACGCCUCCGUCCUCAGCUUCCAGCUCGAGGAGGCCGUCGACACCGAGGACUUCGCAGAGGCCGCCACCCUCAAGCGCGCCAUCCUCGAGGCCUCCGCCGACGACGCCGUAGCACACGUCAUGGCAGAGCUCAAGAGCGCUAUAGAGGAACAGCGCUACCAGGACGCGUCCAGGCUGACGAAGCUCGCCGGAACCAGCUUGGUAGGUUGGUGGGUGGGAUAUGCUAAGGACACUGAUGACUCGAUUGGGAGAAUUGUGCGGAUAAGCCCUGGUGUUGGGAGAUAUGUCGCUAAGAGUUACAGCCCAAGGCAAUUGGUCACUGCAUCUUCUGGGUCUCCAUUAUUUGAGAUAUUCCUUGUCAGAGACCAAGACGAGACGUAUACAAUGAAGGUAGUACACUUGCGACCAACAAAAGGAACUUCAAGUACAUCGUCCAUAUCAUCAACAGCUACAGAAGACCCAGUUAAGGUGGAGAGUGGAAGUUCACUGGAAAGUAGUGCUUUACCUGAAGGUAUUACAGAGGAAGCAAAUACAGAUACUACGCUAAAAGGAACUGAAGACGUCGAGGAGAAAGUACAAGAUGUUGGAAGAACCAAGGAAAGUGGCGUUGAAGGGUUGAAAAGUGUUCUGAAUUUUUUUAAGUCUCGGAUCCCCGAGUUCAAAGUUCAAGUAAUAAAUGUAGAUGUGCCUGAAGAAACUGAAUUAGUCGCAGAUUCAUCAGAAGAAUUAGUGCAAGAUGAUGUGAAGAGCACAUCAGAGAGUUCAUUGGAAGAGCCUAGCACUGAGGAAUUUCAGGAGGAAGAUGCUUCUGAUGAAGAUUCAGACUCGAAUGAUGACAAGAGUCCAGAAGUGAAGCUUUUCAUUAGUGGAGUAGUUCACAAUAAAGAUGAUGCUGGAGCAAAAUCCUAUGUUCGAGUUCCUGCUGAAAUUAAUAACUUGGAAAGGGACUCCUUUGAACUGUACAUUCCUGGAAAAGGUUCUGAUCGGGAUCUGGCUGAAACAAAGGCUGCAAAACAGAAAGUCGCGGAUAUGGCUGCUAAAUUAGCAUCAGAGCUCAUGCCCUCUGAUGUUGCAAAGGCGUUAUGGGGUACCACCAAGAGUUCUUCAAAGAUAAAUAAAGAAGUUCAGGAGCUUUUAAAGCUUACGUUGAGCAAGGCCAGAGUCAAGCUGACUGAAAAUACCAUUUUUAAUCGGAUCACUACGGACUCAAAUGGCUCAGAUCCAUUUAAUGGUCUCUAUGUAGGAGCAUUUAGUCCAUAUGGACCUGAAGUUGUGCAGCUCCGUCGAAAGUUCGGUCACUGGAAUAGUACUGAUGAAGUGGGGUUUUUCGAGUAUGUUGAAGCAGUUAAGUUGACUGGUGAUCUUAGUGUCCCUGCUGGACAGAUAACGUUCCGUGCUAAGGUUGGGAAGGGCAGCCGCCUUGAGAAUCGUGGUGCAUAUCCAGAAGAGUUUGGUGUGACUGCCAGUUAUAAAGGCCAGGGGAGAAUAGCACAACCUGGAUUCAAAAACCCGCGAUGGGUGGACGGUGAGCUAUUGGUGCUUAAUGGGAAGAGUGCGAUCCCACAUCUCGGUGGCGCAGAGCUCGGUUUCCUGUACAGCGUGCCCGAGCAGAGCUUCUUGGUUCUGUUUGACCGCCUUACACUUCCAGAGUGAUGAGAUUGUGUCGAAAUGAACCGAUUCUCACAUGCAGAUUGCGUGAACACAAGUCGGAGAGGCUCGUCCGAUUUCGGGCGAUCAAAUAGGGUACAUGCGGCUUUCUCAGUCAUCAUAAGCGCUCCCUGGGACAGUUGGAUCCUCGUCCUACCUGACAGGAACCAAUCGGUUAGACAUUCUUGAGUUUAUAGAGAAAGCUGACAUGUUCGUUCCUGGGAAUGUGGUGUAUUGAGCUGUCAUAUGAUAUACACAGCCUUAGGCUCCAAAUGAUGUGGUAUAGAUACAACCUGGCAUGACCUUUUCAUGGGUUUCUUUGUUUGUUCAUUUGAAUGAUAGGUUGGAAACCAGUUUUGGUAUUGUCCUGAUGCUACAACAAAUAAAGUUUAUAUUCAUCGAAUAAUAAAUCUGUGAUCAACAA